GCAACCCUUUCGGUUUAGGACGCUCCGGCCGGCUGUAGCGCGCGCGGGGGGGCGCUACCCGGCUCCAAAUUAAGCAGCAGCAGCGGCUCGAUAGCAAUCACGCCUUGCGGGUGGAAGGAGAGCCCCUCGGGCCGCUGACGAGACGCCGUUCGACUCAUAGCCUCAUAGCAUCACACUAACCCGGGGAGCUGAGCUACCCGCGCCGGGCACCCACCAACAUGACGCUCAAAUCCAGCCGGAGUGACAGCGUGAGCAGCAUGAGGACCGCGCUCUCCGAUCUGUACCUGGAGCACCUUCUGCAGAACAGGCCUAAGGCCGAGGCAGUUCCAUCCUCAAUGAAUGCAGUGUCCGAGGAUAUUUACUCCAAUGGCUCAGCCACGCUGGGCAGCCCAGCCCACGCAAAUGGCCGGGAGAUACGGAAAAUGAGGUUCAUCCAGUUUGAAAAGGUCGCGGAGGAGCCCAUGGGUAUCACGCUGAAGCUGAAUGAGAAGAAGAGCUGUAUGGUGGCCAGAAUCCUCCAUGGAGGCAUGAUCCACAGGCAAGGCUCCCUUCAUGUGGGGGAUGAGAUCCUAGAAAUCAAUGGGAAGAGUGUCGCUAACCAUUCUGUAGACCAGCUGCAGAAGAUACUGAAAGAAACUAAGGGAACCAUUUCCCUAAAGGUCAUUCCCAACCAGCAAAGCCGCAUUCCUGCCCUCCAGAUGUUCAUGAAAGCCCAAUUUGACUAUGACCCCCGGAAGGACAGCCUGAUUCCUUGCAAAGAAGCUGGGCUGAAGUUCCAAACAGGAGACAUCAUUGAGAUCAUCAACAAGGAUGACAGCAAUUGGUGGCAGGGCCGGGUGGAGGGCUCUUCCAAUGGAUCCGCAGGACUCAUCCCUUCCCUGGAGCUACAGGAGUGGCGCGUUGCAAGCAUGCCCCAGAGCAACCCCAGUGAAGCCCAAAGCUGUAGCCCUUUCGGAAAGAAGAAGAAAUGCAAAGACAAGUACCUGGCAAAGCACAGCUCAAUUUUUGAUCAGUUGGAUGUGGUGUCCUAUGAGGAAGUGGUGAGGAUGCCAGCUUUCAAGAGGAAGACACUGGUGCUUAUAGGGGCCAGCGGAGUUGGCCGAAGCCACAUUAAGAACACCCUGCUCAGCAAGAACCCAGAGAAGUUUGGAUACCCCAUUCCAUACACCACCCGUCCUCAGAAGAAGAACGAGGUGGAUGGGAAAGACUACCACUUUGUCACCACGGAGGAGAUGACAAAAGACAUCUCCGCCAACGAGUUCCUGGAAUUUGGGAGUUACCAGGGCAACAUGUUCGGCACCAAAUUUGAGACUGUGCACAAGAUUCAUGAGCAGGACAAAAUUGCUAUUCUGGACAUUGAGCCACAGACACUGAAGAUCAUCCACACAGCUGAGUUCUCUCCUUUCAUUGUGUUCAUCGCUCCCACAGACAAGGCAGAUCAGUCGGAUACUUUGUUGCAGCUUCAGAAAGAUUCAGAGGCCAUCCGGAGCAGAUACGCUCACUACUUCGACCUGUCGCUGGUGAACAAUGGUGUUGACGAGAGCCUUGAGCAACUCCAGGAAGCCUUUGAGCGUGCUUGCAACUCACCCCAGUGGGUUCCUGUGUCUUGGGUGUACUGAGCUGGCCUAGUAGCUCCCAGAUCCCCUCUGCCUGCCCUCAUUUUACAGCAAGUUGAGGACAAAGAGGGUCACCCAUUUGCCUGCUCUGUGCUUUGUCCAAUGCACAACCCCCCUCGUCCUGUCCCCAUUCCUCAGGGCAGCUGUUGCUCUGUUACUGCCAGGGCAAGAGCCCCAUCCUUCCAGCUGCAAACACCCUCAGAAGAGUAUGUGCAUGGCUUGUGCUUAGCACAGGUAGCCCACACAUACGAAUGUUGGCACAUAAGGAGGAAAACCCCUAUCCAAAACCAUUAAGAUGUCUUCAGGAGUGAUAUUAAGAGCACCUUCUGGUGUGAAAGCCAUAUGCUGUGAAUGCCAAGAUGCAGGCUGAGCUGUGUUUUAAACUGAAUAGUGUCACCUCAGUUUUAGAACCCUAAUUUCUUUAGAGCUUGUCAAGGGAGAUUUCCUUACUGUAAUACACCACUGCUCCUUCAAACUCCCCACAUAUUGCACACUAAUCUUCUGAGUGGAUGCUUCUUUGAAUUUUACACAUCUGCUGUCACCCACUGUAGGGUGAUCAGGCAGCUAGUGAUCAACAUCGCCUUCCCCAGACAUGUGGACCGUUGUCUCUCUACAGACGUGUACUCGUCCAACUGUUCAUGCUCAGAAUCAGUACAGCUGUGAAUUACACUCUUGGGAGCCAGAGUGGAUGCUAUUAAGUUUUAACUGGCAGCUCAUGACACAAGGAGGGAACAGGAAAUAACUCUAGACUCUCAGCACCUGCAUGCUGUGCUCUGUAAAGAAACUGAUCAUGGCACAUUUUUCACAUGUUAGGGUGGCUCACUUGUUAUAUGCAAAAUAACUGCCCUCCCUUCCAUAUUUGCCUUAUCAAAAACGAUUAACAGAGCAAGAUCAUUCCACCUCCACCUGCAAGCACAACCUUUGUGGGAGGUUGUUAUUCAACUAACUGUCCAUGUCUAAAACAAGAUUGAGUUAUGUAACUAGCAGUUAAGGGUGUAGGGGUGUGAGCUUGACCUGCAUUGAAACCUCAUACCAUUGAGGACACCAAAAAGACCCAAAAGAUGUGCAAUAGGGACCUUUGGCUGAGUCCAUUACAGGGAAAACAAGCAGCAAUAAAGUGUUGAAAUAUUG